CCCGCGGCAAAAGAUAGAAGAGCGAAGGAGAGAAAUGGAAGCAGAUGAAGGAGAUAAAACGCCAAAUCUUCCUCUGCCUUCGACGAAUGCAGAAACCCUAAUUCCAGAAACCACUCUCGAUCGCGAUCUCGAUCCGCAUGCAAACGCUCCACACGAUGCUCUCGAAUCCGACGCACCCGGCCCCAUACCGCCCUCCUCCUUCCCUCGCGACAUUUUCAGAGCUCUGGAAGUCGUCGAGAGGGAUUCGACCGCCAUUGCCGAGAGCUUCACCUCUCUCUUCUCUUCACUCCGCCUGGCUCUCUCUGAGGUCACAGGCACUUCGAUUGAACACAUGCACUGCUUCAAUGAUGCUGCAGGCCGCUUGCAAGAAUCUGCACUUGAUGCUGCAACCAAGGGAAACCGUUACAUAAAUUCAUGCCUGAGAUUGAAUCAAGACAUGAAGGGCAUUGAAAGUCUAGCCAUGCAAUUAAAGAUGUUGAAGAGGAAUGUUGAUGCUCUGGAUUUGGCGGUGAACCGGAUUGUACGGUUUCCAUGAUCUCGGGCCACACAUAUGGUUGGAUGUCUCGAAGCUCUCCUUCCACAGGUGAAACUGCUUGUCAUUAUCUCCUUUAUAUCUAUACAUGGAGUAGGGGCUAAUGUAUAGAACUUGUAUAUGCCUUCUUGUUGUGUUGAAUUCACUUGAAUCAGAGGAAUCUAUGAAGAAACUGCUCUCAACAAUGAUCAUGAUUAUGCAAGAUUUCAAAUACGAGUUUCCUUUGAAAAGUUUGAAAAGGUUAAGGGCCUAUUUGCAUGCAGCCAGUCCGGUCAGAUUGGAUCGGAUUGGAUUAGUUGGAUCAAUUUUGUUUUGAGCUGCAGAUGAAAUGGAAUGACUUGAAGAGAAAAGGACCCUUUUUAAAACUGAAUUGUCUUGCCCAGACCAACCAUAUUUCUCAGAUUCAAAUCCUUAUUGAGAAAACUAAUGAAAUCCAGAUUCAUCCCU